AACCCACUCCCUUUUUAAGCCAGACCCUCCGCCUCUUUGCCUGCGCGCUGAUGACAUCACAGCUUGGAGAGAGGCAGGGGCAGGAGAGGAAUGUGACGGGGAGAGAAGAGGCAUUGUGAAAGGAGAGGAAAAAGAGGAGGGGUAUUGUACAGGAAAGGAAAAGGCUCUGGCAGAGAGGAAACAGGACAACAGCUAACAUUACGCAGGGUAAGUACUGCAGCUAGCUGGCUGGUCUUUUACACACGAGGACAGAGAGGAAACAGGACUGCAGCUAACAUUACGCAGGAAAUCCUCCAAGGCAUCAGAGGAUGGCAGUGGUGAUCUGAAGAGAGACAGAACGGAGAGAAAGAGCAUCGGUUUCCUCAACUCUAUCAGUGUGAUCUCAGCGCGUGGAGGAGACAGCAGUACCACCACCAGCACCAUGGAGGUGGAGGCCCACCCUGAGAGCUGCUACCCCAGCCAAGGGCUCAACGGCCAGGGCAACAAACACCAGCCCCAGCCCCUGGACAUUGAGGUAGCUCACGAGAUAGCCUACCUAGACGAGGUGUUGGAAGCUAACUGCUGUGACCCCGGGGUCGAUACCACGCCAUCACCCUCUAACGGGACCGCUACCACUGAGAAACACCCCAGGGAGGUCAGCAUCGACGGGAGUGGACCAUCUGUCAACAUCUCCAACACAGACACAACAUACCAUGAGGUCAUAGUAGAGGGGAGAAAGCAGACUAUCUUCAUUGGACACCAGGAUGUCAAUUACACCAACAACACCAAUAACACCAGGCCCAACGGCCACUCUGGACCAAUGGGAGGAGAGCGGGAGAACUACAGGAAGAAGGGAGGAGAGACAACAUCCCCCACUAUGACCACCAUCAAGAAGGAGGCCCGUUUCGAGCUGCGGGCCUUCCAGGAGGAGAAGAAGCCGUCCAAACUGUUCGACCCGUGUGAGAAGGAAGUGCGCGUGAAGAAGGUGCGUCCCUCGGAGGAGGUGGCAGAGCUGGAGAGGGAGAGGUUGGAGCUGAUCAGGGGCCAGGCGGUAAAGAAGAACCCAGACAUGGGGACAAAGUGGUGGAACCCUCCUCAGGAGAAGACUCUGGAGGAGGAGCUGGAGCCAGACAAACUAGAGUCACACAGGAAGUACGAGGAGAGGAAGCAGCAGAGGAGGUCAGAGUUCACUGGUGGGAUGUCCCAGAUGUGUGCCCAGUACUCCAUGACCUUUGACCCUAAUGCUGACCCUGAGCCUGGCCGCGACACGCCCGAGCUCUUCCAGAGCACCAAGGAGGACAUCCUGGUGGAGCAGAUGGACUUCUCUACCGCCAGGAAGCAGUUGCUCCAGAUAGAACACGCAAGGCAGCAGGCAACCGAGAAGUCACAGGUCACAGCUCCCAACUCGACCAAGCCCUUCUCCAGAUCACCAGACACCGUGAUUCAUGUGGAGAGAUCCACCAAUUACGUCACUGUGGGCUACAGCUGUUACCAGGACUCACCACUAGAGGACAGCGACUCAACCACCACAACGGUCCGAACAGAGAGGAUCUACUGCAGCCCAGAAGGGUCCCAGUCCCCCACCUCUACCGUGGGGAGGGUCCUGGGUCUGGGACAGGGAGAGCCCAGUAAUAGUGGCCCCAAGGAGGCCUGGAUGGAGAACAGAUACAGAGACGGAGACUUUACCUGCGCCAGGGCCAUCAUGACCAUCAUAAAAGAUGAGAAGGACUCUCUGUCCCCCCAGCAUCGUUCCUCCUCCCUCCACAGCCCCAGCAACUCUCUGUCCUCCUGCAACCCCAAGGAAUGUGACUCCGGGCUGGACGAGCUGUCCCUGCGCUCCCUGGAUAACUCUAUUCUGGAUACCCUGUCAAAAGACGUCAGCAUGAAUAACGUAUCCGACAGCGGGGCGUCAAACGAGACCAUGUCGGCCUCCUACCUGGGGGAGACGUCUCUGGGGGAGUACUCCUUCCCCUCCACCCCACAGACCACUACACCCAUCAACGGAAAGAUGGAGGGAGGCACCACCAUGUCUCCUGGGGAGCAGAACGAAGGAUGUCAGGGUCUGUCGGAGCAAGAGCUGGAGUACCAUGCAGGUAUGCUUGUGCAGAGUAUCAUCCAGCACGCCCUGAUGAACCAGAACCAGUCUCAGCAGGGUGAGGAGUGGCAGGGGGUCCUCCCCAUCCAAGAGAGGCACGUAGAUGUUCUAUCUUCUGGGAACCUUUCAUCACUACCAACAGAGUAUCAGUCACUCACGCCUCUAGAUCUCCACUCAGCUCAACCUCCAAGCCCACUGCAACAGUCACCAACACCCUUACAGUCCCUCCAGUCAGCCCCACCCCAGUACCAGUCAACUCCAUCACCUCAGCCGCUGUCACCUCCAGCUCAGUUCCAGUCAAGUCCAACCCAACAUCAGUCUCCUUCACCCCAGCUCCAGCCCCUCCCAUACCAGGUAGAGAGACCUACCUAUGUCCAGAUGGAGAGACCUACCUACGCCCCCCUUUCACAGAGAUCUUCGUCCGGGGGUCCUAAGAUCCUCAUCCAGUCCGCACUCAGUCGCUCACUGGCCCUAAAUCCAGACCCGGUCCCAGUCCGCACUCCUGUCCUCAUCCCUCCCCGUCCCAUAGAGCCCUAUCAGUCUCCAGAGCUGUCCCGGACCCAGAGUGAAAAAGACCAGUUCAGUUACUUCUCUAAGUACUCCGAGGCGGCCGAGCUCCGCAGCACAGCCGCAGCGACCAGAGCCCAGGAGACAGAGCAGAGCACCGGGCCGUUCAAGCUGCGCUCCCGGAAGCAGAGGACUCUGUCCAUGAUCGAGGAAGAGAUCCGAGCGGCGCAGGAGAGAGAGAAAGAGCUGAAGAAGCAGAGACUGGGAGCGGUGCGGUCAGGACCGGAUCCCAGAACCAACCAGACUGGCAGACCCAAGACGAUGACUAUCAACCCCGGGGACAAGCACAAGACCAACAGUCUGCCCGCCAAACUCAGCCUCUCUGGGAGCCUGCCACCCACAUCUGGGAGCCUGCCACCCACCUCUGGGAGCCUGCCUCUCACCUCUGGGAGCCUGCUUCUCACCUCUGGGAGCCUGCCUCCCACCUCUGGGAGCCUGCCACCCACCUCUGGGAGCCUGCCACCCACCUCUGGGAGCCUGCCACCCACCUCUGGGAGCCUGCCACCCACCUCUGGGAGCCUGCCACCCACCUCUGGGAGCCUGCCUCUCACCCUCACCAGCAAGACGGCACCAGGUAAGAUAAAUCCUCCUGCAUCCCCCUCCUCGUCUGAGAAUCCCUCGCCCCUCUUGGACCUGGGCAGUGACGACUCGGGGGGCAGCGGGCGCCCCAAAAACUUCAUGCAGACCCUGAUGGAAGACUACGAGACUCACAAAGUAAAGCGCCGGGAGAAAGUAGAAGACAACAGCGUGUUGGAGGCCACCCGCGUCACCCGCAGGAAAAGCAACAUGGCGCUGAGGUGGGAGGCGGGGAUUUACACUAACGAGGAUGGAGAAGAAGAGGAGGAAGAGGAGGAGGAAGAGUAGUCUGUGAAUAUCAGGGAUGGAGGGAGGAGGGGCAUAGCAGCAACACAACUACACAGUAUUUAUUUUACUAAGUAUUCUGAUCACAUGAUCUGUCACAUGAUCUACUGGAUGGACCAACCUGGAGCAUCAGCCAGCCCUGACGACACUGAAACAGAGAGACCCAUGGGAUACGGCUGGUUGCCAAAGCGAACGGACAAGUAACCGUGACGACGACAACAGUGUGUUCGGGCAGGUCGUUUUCCAAGGUUCCAUUUUGGAAUGUUUUGACUUUCUCCAGAUAAAAGGAGUGUAAAGGUCAACAAGGAUAACAACGAUGAUCUGCUGUAUUGAAGUGGAUAUUAUUGGAGGGUUGAUUUGACACAGAGACGUACGCUUGCCAAGUCAUCCUUAAAUAUUAGAGUGGAGUCAGGGAGGAUGUCAGACUGAAUUGAAUCACUGGGGAAAAAAGACUGCAUUCCCUACAUAGUGCACUAGUUUUAAACAGAGUAGUGAACUAGAUAGGGAAUAGGGGGACACUUUCUAUUGAAGCCCCAGGUUUGACCUUUCUCCAGAUUACAGUACAACAGAAAACGAUGUUACUGGGACUUGAUCCUUGUUGGCGACUGCAUGACGAUAUUUAACCUCAUAUAAUACCAGCAUUUCUCUAAAAGCUAAGACAGUGGCGUAUAAAAAUAGAUAUUGCUAUCACUCUUCAUCUUCAGUGAUUUAAAUGAGUUGAUAUUUAUAAAGCAAUAACAAUGGAAGUCUUUUCCUCUUUCCUGACGAUAAUGAUGUACUGUAGCCUUGAACCAUUCAUAUGAGCUAGUCUGAAAAGCAGUGCAUUCGGCUGUAUUUAGACCCCGGGACUUUUUCCACAUUUUGUUGCCUUAUUAUAAAAUCCAAUACAUUUUCUUCCCUUCAUUAAUCUCCACACUAUCCACACCCAAUAAUGACAAAGCAAAAACUUUUUAAAAAUAUGUUUUAUUUUUCAGCAAAUGUAUUAAAAAUAAAAACUGAAAUAUCACAUUUACAUAAGUAUUCAGACCCUUUACUCAGUACUUUGUUGAAGCACCUUUGGCAGCGAUUACAGUCUUGAGUCUUCUUGGGUAUGAUGCUACAAG